CCUCACAUAGCACGAAUGCGAGAGGGGUAAAACUAAAAACAGGGCACAACAAACGCGCUUCCCAAGUUCCAGUAGUUGCGGAGGUUAGAGUAAUUUCCCUCCGGAUUCUGCGACACCACUUUCGUCCUUUCUUUUCUUGGUGGGUGCAUGCAUCAUAGAGGAAUUUGUGCCGUCUAGGGUUUUUGCUGCUUUUGCUCAGAAGGAACAAUCACCUUGUAUAGCUGUGAUGGUUGCAAAUUUCUAUUAUCCUCCUUUGUUUAGUGUGGCUCCAAUGAUGGACUGGACUGAUCAUCACUACAGGACUCUGGCACGCCUCAUAUCCAAACAUGCUUGGCUCUACACGGAGAUGCUUGCAGCUGAAACAAUUGUUCAUCAAAAGGGUAAUCUGGACAGAUUCUUGGCAUAUUCUCCAGAUCAACAUCCUAUUGUGCUUCAAAUUGGAGGGAGUAAUUUAGAAAAUUUGGCUAAAGCUACUGAACUGGCGAAUUCUUAUUGCUAUGAUGAGAUCAACUUCAAUUGCGGAUGCCCGAGUCCUAGAGUAGCUGGACGUGGAUGCUUUGGUGUACGACUUAUGCUUGAUCCAAAGUUUGUUGCAGAGGCUAUUUCAUUAAUUGCUGCCAAUACAGAUGUUCCUGUCAGUGUCAAAUGUCGAAUAGGUGUGGAUGAUCAUGAUUCGUACAAUGAAUUGUGUGAUUUCAUUUACAAGGUUUCUUCUCAAUCACCUGCUAAGCAUUUCAUAAUUCACUCAAGGAAGGCACUGCUUAAGGGCCUAAACCCAGCUGAAAAUCGGAGUAUUCCUCCACUAAAAUAUGAAUACUUUUAUGGCCUUUUACGGGACUUUCCUGACUUAACAUUUACAAUCAAUGGUGGUAUUACUAGUAUUGAUGAGGUCAAUGGAGCUCUAAAGGCUGGGGCUCAUGGUGUUAUGGUUGGACGUGCAGCAUACCAUAACCCUUGGCAUAUUUUGGGACAUGUUGAUAGUGCAGUUUACGGUGCACCACGUAGUGAUCUAACACGUCGUCAGGUCCUUGAGAAAUAUCAAAUAUACGGGGACUCAGUUGUACGAAAAUAUGGACUUGGGCCAACUGUGCGAGAUAUUGUGAAGCCUUUACUUGGUUUUUUCCAUUCUGAACCUGGGAAUGGGCUUUGGAAGCGCAAAGCAAAUUCUGCUUUCCACACAUGCACGACAGUUAAAUCAUUUCUUGAAGAAACCCUUGUAGCAAUUCCUGACUCAGUCUUGGAUUCACCUUUUGGGGAACCACAAUCUGGUCGUGGAGAUCUUUUUGCUAACAUUCACGGUUUACUGCCUACACCAUACAGAGCAAGAGAAGUGGAUGCCAUUGCCAUAUAAAUCCAUCAGUUAUUUAUUAUAGGCAAUUGACUUAGAUGUAAUCCAACGAUGUAGUUUAAUUAUAAACUAGGGGACUUCAAUUCUUCGUGGCUUUUGCUUUUUUACUAUUGAUUUUGGUUAAAUUUGUAAUGUGGUAGUUCUGUUUAGAGGAAUGUCGGGUGGCUCAUAUUACUCUAAAUUAGAUAAGGCCAACGUGGCAUUAUUUAAAAGAAAGGAAAAGGAAAUGUCAAAGGCUGUAGAAUCCUCAUUUUUCUGAUC